GCAGAGGUAGCAAAACAUCCGCAUUGACGCUCGCUCGGUCUGUCAGCGAGGACGACAAAACUUUUGUUAAAUUUCUAUUUGACACAAAAGAGUCGCAAGAAAAAAGCCGCAGAGCUUUUUGCUAUCACAGUCACUUUCUCUAGACCAUGCCCCACGACCCCGACCCUCCUCCGGCUAAAAGAUUCAAGCCGGGGUCUGUCUUUUUCCGCCUCGAGAAGAAUAAACCUGGAAUGCUGCUGCCUCGAAAGGGAAAUGUGAACACUCCGAUAGACGUUCAGAGGAGACAGCUUCCGAUCUACCAGGCGAAACCUCAGCUGCUGAACCAACUGAGACAGCUUCACAAUGCCAUUUUAAUCGGUGAGACUGGCUCUGGAAAGACCACUCAGAUCCCUCAGUAUCUAUAUGAAGCUGGUAUCGGCCGUCAGGGUAUGAUCGCCAUCACCCAGCCACGUCGAGUUGCUGCAAUCUCUCUGGCAGGAAGAGUUGCAGAAGAGAAGAGGACUCAACUUGGCAAGCUGGUUGGCUACACGGUGCGCUUUGAAGACGUCACCUCUUCAGAAACAAAGCUGAAGUUCAUGACAGAUGGCAUGCUCCUGCGCGAGGCCAUUGGAGACCCCUUACUGCUGCGCUACACUGUGGUGGUACUGGAUGAAGCUCACGAGCGCACUGUGCACACCGAUGUACUUUUUGGUGUGGUUAAGACCGCUCAGCGCAGGCGCAGAGAGCUAAAUAAGAAUCCCCUGAAGGUCAUAGUGAUGUCUGCCACAAUGGAUGUGGAUCUAUUCUCUGAGUACUUCAACAAGUCACCUGUGUUGUACCUGGAGGGAAGGCAGCACCCCAUUCAGAUCUAUUACACCAAGCAGUCUCAGUCAGACUAUCUGCAGGCUGCACUCGUUUCCAUCUUCCAAAUCCAUCAGGAGGCACCACCUUCCCAUGACAUCUUAGUUUUCAUGACUGGUCAGGAGGAGAUCGAGGCUCUGGCUAGGACAUGUCGAGACAUCGCCAAGCACCUUCCUGAUGGCUGCAGCCCCAUGGUAGUCAUCCCUUUGUAUGCAUCCCUACCCCCAGCACAGCAGCUCAGGGUCUUCCAGCCAGCUCCAAAGGGUUGCAGGAAGGUCAUCCUCUCCACCAAUAUCGCCGAGACAUCAGUUACAAUCUCUGGGAUCAAAUACGUCAUAGACACAGGGAUGGUGAAGGCCAAACGAUUCAAUCCUGACAGCGGUUUGGAGGUGCUGGCAGUGCAGCGGGUAUCGAAGGCGCAGGCGUGGCAGCGAGCGGGCCGGGCCGGCAGGGAGGACUCCGGCUUCUGCUACCGUCUCUACACGGAGCAGGAGUUCGACAACCUCAUCCCCAUGACUGUGCCUGAGAUCCAGAGGUGUAACUUGGCCAGUGUGAUGCUGCAGCUCAUGGCACUGGGGAUUCCAGAUGUGAUGAAUUUUGAUUUUAUGUCCAAGCCUUCUCCAGAGGCCGUCCGUUCUGCUGUGGAGCAUUUGGAGCUGCUGGGAGCUGUGGAGAGAAAAGAGGAGCAAGUUCUCCUCACUGCUCUGGGGAAGAAGAUGGCCAGCUUCCCUCUUGAGCCCAGAUAUGCCAAGACCAUCCUGAUGUCCCCGGACUACUCCUGCUCUGAGGAGGUCCUGAGCAUUGUGUCGCUGCUCUCAGUGGACACCGUACUGUACAACCCUCCGGCCAGGCGGGAGGAGGUUCUCGCAGCACGCAAGAAGUUCACCUCCAGUGAGGGAGACCACAUGACGUUGCUCAACAUUUACAGAGCGUUCAAGAAAGUCAGCGGUAAUAAGGAGUGGUGUCGGGAGAACUUCGUCAACAGCAGGAACAUGAGUCUGGUGAAAGAGGUCCAGGCACAGCUAAGAGAAAUCUGCCUCAAGCUGAAUCUGAAGCUAGAGUCGUGUGGAGCAGACACAGGAAAUGUUCGCCGCUGCCUCGCCCACGGGAUGUUCACCAACGCUGCGGAGCUGCAGCCUGACGGCAGCUACUUAGCUCUGGACACCCACCAGCCCGUGGCCAUCCACCCGUCGUCCGUCCUUUUCCAGGCCAAGCCGUCCUACGUGAUCUUCAAUGAGCUGCUGCACACCUCGCGCUGCUACAUGAGAGACCUCUGUUUGGUGGACCCUGACUGGCUGCUGGAUGCAGCGCCGGAGUACUUUGGCCGCAAACUGCACCUCACAAAAAGCUAACAGGACGUCUGCCUCAAAUCCAAAUGUACUGGGUUCUUUUUCACAAGUCAGUGCAGAAUAAUAUCUGUGUUGUGAACCUUCCAGGACUCCUCUACCUCUGAGCUGACAUGAAUCUGGCAUGUGUCACGUAGCACUGCAGAUCUGCAUAUCAAGGCUUUCAUCAAGAUGUCAGUACAGCCUUUAGCAAUCCAGAUGUUAAAGCCUACUUUCAGCUACAUGUUUAGCACCUAGUAGGGAGGUACUUUUUCAGGUGUUGCUUUUCAGUUGCAUGUGUUUUUACAGCACCGAUUAUUUCACAGAAGCAUGUUUAAUACUGCACUCAAAAAGUCAAAAACUGCUACUUGUGAUUUUUUUGUAAGUUGAAUUGUUAAGCCAGCUACUAACAGUAUUCAGAAUGCUGUCACAGGCCACUUGUGGCUGCUGUUUUCACAGAAAGGACUUUGCCUUUAAAAAAAAAAAAAAAAAAACUUUUUUCGAGCUUAAAAAAAGUCUUAAACUUUCUUA